CCUGUCCCCCAUAAAUCAACCACGCCAUCCCUUCCCUUCCCUUCCCUUCCCUUCCCCCUUUUGUUUUCUCUUUCCACUUAUUUUCCAAAUCCAAACCAAACUCGCGAACGAUUAAAAAGAAAGAAGGAAGAUUUUCUCAAGAAAAUAUGGAAUCGAUGCCUGUGAAUUGGGAAGCUCUCGACGCUCUAGUCAUUGAUUUCGCCAAAUCUGAGAACUUAAUCGAAGACUCUGCAGUUUCUUCAUCAUCACCAUCAUCGUCGUCUCCAUCUUCUUCACCUUCGUCUUUCUCUUACCAUUCGCGAUUGCUCAUUCGCCAGAUCAGACGGUCAUUAGAGGUCGGUGACAUUGACGUCGCCAUAGAUCUUCUGCGAGUUCACGCACCGUUAAUCCUUGACGAUCACCGACUUCUCUUCCGAUUACAGAAGCAGAAAUUUAUUGAGCUAUUGAGGAGAGGAACUGCGGAGGAUCGUGAUUCUGCAAUCAAUUGCUUGCGGACAGCACUUGCACCUUGUGCCCUUGAUGCCUAUCCGGAAGCAUAUGAGGAGUUUAAGCAUGUUCUUCUUGCCUUUAUCUUUGACAAGGAUGACCAGAACUCUCCAGUGGCAAAUGAGUGGUCUGAAAGGAGGAGGUUUGACAUUGCUGGGUUGAUGUCCUCUGUUUUAAGAGCUCAUUUGCAGGCAUAUGAUCCGAUCCUUUCAAUGACAUUGAGAUAUUUGAUAAGCAUACAUAAAGGAUUUUGCUUGCGUCAGGGAAUUUCAUCACCCAUUUCAGAUCUUACUGAGAGGUUGCUCCUUGAGGAACGUGACCCCCCUGCAACACCACAGGAAAGUUUGUAUGAGGCACCUCCAUUUGAUGAGGUGGACAUACAAGCCCUUGCACAUGCUGUUGAGCUGACAAGACAAGGGGCUGUUGAUAGCCUGAGAUUUGCUAAGGGGGAUUUAUCUCAAGCAUUUCAGAAUGAAUUAUGCCGGAUGAGAUUGGAUGUUUCCAUGCUUGAUGAUCUUGUUCGUGAGUAUUGUGUUUAUAGGGGUAUUGUGGACUCUGUUCUUGCAUCCCCUUCUGAAUCAGGAAUCCAAAUUAUGUCUGGUCCUUUGAAAGUUAAUCAACCAGAGCCUGGAUAUUGUUCAUCAAGAAACUGUUCCCUUGAAGUUGAGUGUGCAACCAGUAAACAUUCAGAUGGUGAAACUUCCAUUAGUAAUGCUCACAUGGAUGGUUCUCCUGAAAUUAAUGGUGAUGUGGUGAGCAUGGAAGGUAUGGACACUGAAGAGCGAUACCCUUGUGAGACAAGAAACAAUCAUGAUGACUGUAGCACCAGUGGAACUCAGCAUUCUCUAAGUUCAAAGGUGUUGCAAAGAAACAGAAGUCAUGGACUUGGGGAAAGGAGCAAACGCAAGCGCUGGAGGGGGAGGCAGGAGAAGCCAAGUCUCAUUCCUGAAGUCCUCAGUGGAAGCAGUAUGCAAGAGGUUAUCACUAGUACCUCACUUGCCAGCACAAGUCUGUUAAAGGAACAACAGGUUUCUGAAUCACAUAACGAUGUGGAUAUGGUUAGCAAGGGUGAGGACAAGUAUGAGAUUGUGCUGGGGUUGAAGGAACUAGCUAGUAGAGGAAUGGCUGUGGAGGUUGUGGAAGGAGUAAAUGCCAUGGACUCAGAUUUUUUUGCACAAAAUCCUCUUUUGCUAUUCCAACUUAAGCAGGUUGAAUUUCUGAAACUGGUCAGCUCUGGUGAUCAUUCUAGUGCACUAAGGGUUGCCUGUUCUCAUUUAGGUCCUUUGGCAGCUAGUGAUCCAGCUUUGCUGAAGCCCUUGAAGGAGACUUUGUUUGCUUUAUUGAGACCUAAUGAAGAUGCACUUGGGGGAGGCUUGCCCUUGCAUGCUCUUGCAACUUCUGCACAGGUUGCGAUUGGUAGGAGGCUUGGUAUUGAAGAACCCCAGCUUAUGAAGAUAAUGAGAGCAACCCUUUACACACAUAACGAGUGGUUCAAACUCCAAAUGUGUAAAGAUCGGUUUGAAGGAAUUUUAAGGAUUGACUCCUUGAAAGAAGUUAGUAGUCCUUUUCUUUCCGAUGCUGCUAUGAAGUCAAAUGCAGAUACCUGCACCCAUGGAUCUUCCCAAAUUGCAGUAUCUUCAAGCAGUAGGAUGCAAGAGGAUGGUAACAGUCCCACCCAAGUGUCAUCCAGAGAAAUCUGUGAUGAAAAUGCAAUACUUAAAGUAAUGGAAUUCCUUGCUUUGCCGAGGGCGGAUGCUAUCCAUCUUCUUGCACAGUACAAUGGAAAUGCCGAGACCGUCAUCCAGCAGAUAUUUGCAUAGGUUAGUAACGUACACUGUAGCCAAACUGUUUUUAUUUAUUCAUUUUAUUCUAAUGUUAUCCAUUUGUGUAUAGGUUUUCAAUUUAGAUAUACAAACAAUUGUCGGGGAAAAUCUGUGAUUAAAUUAUUGGAUUGAUUUUUAUAGUUGUCAGUGCGGAUCGAUCAUCUUUCAUGUAUUAGUUCUUUGACAAUAAUCACUGGAAAUUAAAAGUAGAUUGGGUC